GUCACAAUGCUUCUUGCAACUUUUAAACUGUGUGCCGGGAGCUCCUACAGACAUGUGUGCAACAUGAAGGGGCUGAGGCACCAGGCAGUACUGGCCAUUGGCCAGGAGCUGACCCGGAGAGUGCGGGCAGAGCCUGCCCCAGGUAUGUGGAUUAACCAGGUCCAGCGUCGGAACUCACUGCUGGGUUCUCGGCUGGAGGAGCCUCUGUACAGUGACCAGGAGCUGGCCUACAUCCAGCAGGGGGAGGAGGCCAUGCACAAGGCCCUGGGCAUCCUCAGUGACCAGGAGGGCUGGAAGAAGGAGAGCCAGCAGGCAAAUGGAGACAAAGUGUUGAGUAAGGUAGUCCCGGAUGUGGGCAAGAUGUUCCGGUUGGAGGUAGUAGUGGACCAGCCCAUGGACAGGCUCUAUGAAGAGCUUGUGGAUCGCAUAGAGGCAAUGGGAGAGUGGAACCCAAACGUCAAGGAGGUCAAGGUCCUGCAGAAGAUUGGAAGAGACACCAUCAUAACCCAUGAGCUGGCUGCAGAAGCAGCAGGGAACUUGGUGGGGCCCCGAGACUUUGUGAGCGUGCGCUAUGCCAAGCGCAGAGGCUCCACCUGUGUGAUGGCGGGCAUAGCCACCCACUUCGGGGAAAUGCCCGAGCAGAAAGGCAUCAUCAGAGCUGAGCAGGGACCCACUUGCAUGGUGCUUCAUCCGCUGGCUGGGAGCCCUGAAAAGACCAAACUCACCUGGCUGCUCAGCAUUGACCUCAAGGGGUGGCUGCCAAAGACUAUCAUCAACCAGGUCUUGUCACAGACACAGAUGGAUUUUGCCAACCACCUGCGCAGGCACCUAGAGUCCAGCCCCACAGCUGAAACCCACGGUUAAACACCAGCCUGCUGUCCCCACCGAGCCUUUGGAGCUAACCCACGUGUGCAUCAGGGGCGCCCGGCUGGAAGCCUGCAAGUCUAAAAUCAUCACCUGCAGAUGGAGGGUGGGAGUUUGGGUGUGAUAGGGCUGGAACUAUUAACAAAGUUAGCACCAAGAAAACAGCAAGAAGGCUCUUAGACAAAGAGGAAGACUUCUCACUUAACCUACAGAGUAGCUCUGAACAUAGGCUAAGCUCUGAAGACACUGGUUACCAA